AUGGGUGCCGUCGUCUCUUGCAUCCAAAGCGUCUUCCGCGCCAUCGGUAGCUGCCUCAUGGCCAUUGUUAAUGCCAUCGGCUCCGUCUGCCAUGCCAUCAUCAGUGGUGUGGUCACAGUGAUCGAUGCUAUCAUCUCCUGUCUGACCUGCGGCUCCUGUGGAAAACGUAGGCGUGGGCGUCGAUCAGCAGUCUGA